UAGUCAAGCAUAUUGGAGAAAAACAGGGCAUGUACCUAUCAAGCCACCUGUUUAUCGCAUCCAACCAGGAAGGCCCAAACUUAGCAGAAAUAGAGAAGCUGAUGAAAUACCAAAAGAGGCAACAAAACUUAAAAGGUAUGGCAUUGUAAUGACAUGCCACAACUGUGGACAAGAAGGUCACAAUUUUGCUGGCUGUCCCCAACUUGGACAGGUUAUAAUUGUUCUUAAUUUGUUUGUUUACAUAUUUUUUUUUUGUUGAAAAUGGCUAUGUUAAUAUGUGAUUGGACUGUUUUUACUAUAUUAACAUGUGAUUUGUUGUUCUUGACAAUGAAGGGGCAACCUAGAGGUAGAGCAAGAUGCGGUAGAAGGGGAAGAGGAGCUGUGAGGGGAAGAGGUGCAAGGGGAAAAGGAGCUACAACUGGUAAUGGAGAUGUUGAUGCUACAAGUGUCAAUGCAAGUGGAACAACAACUGUCAGAGGUGUUAAGAGAGGCAGAGGUGUUGUCAGUGAACAACAACAAACUCAGGCCAGACCAAAGUUUAAUGUGAAAAGAGGAGCUCAGGCCCCCUAUGUCAUAAGGAAGACCAAUCUAUUUGCUGAUUCACAAGCUGGCCAAAGUUCACAAGCUCCUUCCGGACCUGCCCCAAGUUUACAAGCUCCUUCAAGACCUGCCCCAAGUAAACAAGCUCCUUCACAAUCUGUCCCACAUUCACAAGGUCCUUCACAACCUGCCCCAAGGUCACAAGCUCCUCCACAACCUGUCCAAAGUUCACAAGCUUAUCAAGGUUCAAGUUCACAACCUCAACCUAUGGUAACUUCUCCAAAAAGGCCUAGGUUAAAAUCUCCAGCAAAACGAAUAAGGCCAUGGAGAGUUUAG